AUGGGGGAAACCCAGAGGGAGAUGAUGGAUACUAUCAAGGAAUUAAAAAAUGCCGCCUCUAAGCCAGGUGAAGACGACGACAGGCAUCCACAAGAAGAAUCUGCUGCUGCUGGGAAGGGGUCUGAACAAAAGGGACCAUCUUUUGUUACCCAGGAAGAUGUCGUUGCCAUGCUGGAAAAAGAGCUUAGUCGAAUCCAGGAGGAUUGGAAAUACAUUCCUCAGCCACCAUACCCGUCCAGCUUACUCCAGCAGCCUUAUCCCAAAGGUUACGAAACACCGACCUUUGUUCUUUUCGAUGGGAGGAAGGGAAGCCCGAAGGAACAUGUCAACCGAUUCCUCGAUGCCUUAGGACCACAUGCUGGUGACUAUAAUCUUCAACUCCGCGAAUUCUCAAAAAGCCUCACUGAUCGGGCUUAUACCUGGUACACCACGUUGGCGCCAGGUUCUAUGCGUUCUUGGGAUGACCUGGCAAGCAGGUUUUGUAAAAAAUAUUUUCAGCACGAGGAGAGGGUUACCACCACACAGCUCAACAACACUCGCCAAAAGCAAGGGGAGGAUCCUGUGGACUUUUACGAAGAUUCCGGGACUUGGCUCUCGACUGUUAUGACGAAAAAGAUGAGGAGGCACUUAUCGAGAUUUGCAUCAGUAACAUCAUGGCAGAUUACAGAGUUUACUUGGAGAAUAUUGGCAUCAGUCAAUUUUCUCAGCUGCUGGAAGCAGUAA